AUGUCAAUUCCAAUCUUCGAGUCCUGCAAGAAGAGAAAGAGAAUGCCGAAGCUCUUCGCGUUCCAUACAUUUGCAGAGCCGGGCUGCCCGAUCAAACCCACCGGCCCAUUUCGCGACAACAUUCGUCUUUUUCUUCGAGAAUGCGCCGAGCUCGAGGACUAUAAUGUCGAAGGGAUGCCUACAUGGUGCACCCUCCUGGUCAGCGAGACCAGAAACUUCGUCGUUCCCCUGUACACCAUCGAAGAAAGCGUGAAUAACUCUGCGCGACCUCUCUGUGAUCACUGCAGAUGCACUGGCUGGAGCCAUCACUAUGUGUCAAAAAGAAAGUAUCAUGUGAUCAUUCCGGCAGAUGAUGAGUGGAAUAAACCCCUGCAUGAUGGUGUUUUCGAUGUUCAAACCCAUUUGCUACAUGGAUUGUUGCAUUGCAAUGGGUUUGGUCAUUUGCUUUGCAUCAAUGGGAUUGAAGGGGGUUCUAAGUUUCUUUGCGGCAGAGAGAUCAUGGACCUAUGGGACCGAGUCUGCAUAAAUCUUAGGGCUAGAAAAAUUACAGUAGAAGAUGUCUCAAAGAAGUGGUCAAUGGAUCUUCGGUUGCUACACGGAGUUGCGUAUGGACAUCCGUGGUUCGGGAGAUGGGAUUACAGGUUUUGUCAUGGAAACUUUGGAGUGAUGGAGCACAACUACGACAGAGCAAUUGAAGUUCUCAGCACACUGCAGCUCUGUAAGAUUAUCCAAGAUUUCAGGAGCACGGACAAAUACAAAGAGAUCAAGCAAAUUAUUUGGUACUACAGAGAUUUAAGUGAAACCCAGUUGAUCACAAUGGGGGAACUUCUCAGAUUCAUGCUGGCUGUCAAGUCACAAGCAUCUUCACGAAGAAAAUUGAUCAUUACUGGUUUCGCCUCCUCUUUGUCGAGACCGCCAACUAAAGCAGUCCCACAGAACAAGCCAUUGGUGAAGGAAAAGUCGGUAAGAUGUAGAAAAUUUUCCACUGUAAUUACUAAUAUGGAUAGCAGGUGGCCUUCAAGAAGAUUGGAAUAUGCAGCAGAAAUCAUUGUUAAUGCGUUGAAGGAAAAGAAAGCAGACAGGUCUAGCCAUGGCGGGAUGACCAGACAGGAAGUACGAGAUGCUGCUCGGUUGCACAUUGGUGACACAGGCUUGCUGGAUUAUGUUCUAAAAUCAAUGAACAAUGUUAUUGUAGGAAGUUACAUUGUCCGCCGGGCUGUCAACCCUUCAAACCGAGUUUUGGAAUACUCAAUUCAAGAGCUUGCGAAUGGUGUUUUGGUCAAUGAAACAGAACCAGAAGCGGAAUCAGAACCAGGAUUUGUUCCUGAGCCAACUCCAGUUCCUACUAGAGUGGCUGGAGCUGAUGUUUAUAGUGAUAUGAUCUACUUGUAUACAAACAUAUUGUUUGAAUACCCUGAAUCGGAUACUGUUGAAUUGGCAACCCAGGUUGUUUUGGAUACUAAGCACUUUGUGAAGGAGUGGCCUUUUAGGGAUGAGGACGAUCAAUUACUGAGGUUCAUUUGCAGAAUAAUGCCAAGUCUGAGUGAUGACGGAACUGAAUUGACUGCUAUAAGGGAAUUUCAGUCACCACCCCCCAGUGAGUUCAUUUCUGUUCCGCUGCAUGCAACAUUAGGUGAGCUGAAGCGAGCCAUUGAGACAGCAUUGAGGGACACCUACUGCACUAUGGAUCAGUUUGUGGUCACAGAGAUUGAAAAUACUGAGGGGAUGGAGGAUGGGGAAGUGCUGUUUGGUGCAGUGGAGUCUGGUUCAGAAGUUUGGGCGAGGGGAUACGGGAUCGAUUUGGGCGCUGAGUUGAGGUAUGAAGGUGGGACGGACAAUUGGACUGUUCGAUGUGAGUGUGGAGCACGCGAUGACGAUGGGGAGAGGAUGGUGGCAUGUGACAUUUGCGAGGUUUGGCAGCACACUCGCUGCAUUGGCAUUGAGGAUGCAGAUGCUGUUCCGCCACUUUAUGUGUGCAAUAGGUGUUGUGCUUCGCUUGUGCCCCAAAAAACCCAGCCUAGCUUUGGGUUUGAGUGUGCUGGUUCCCUUCUACUUCAUCCAAUGGCAGACUAUGGGAAUGAGCUCCUGUACGAACAAUGUUUGGAUUGGAAGAUGUAA